CCUGGAAUGUGUCCCCGGCGUGCUCAUCUCAAUCACCUGCUCCGCGCCUUCCUUUGCGGAGAAAAGACACAAAGGCAAGGCCAUUUCCGCUUCUCUUCGUUCCAUAUGUCUUGUUGCUUCUCGAUGUGAGCAGCUCGCCUCCUACGUUCUCUUCUUCCUACCUAGUUCGUUCAAGAUGUUGUCCCUCAUUCAGCUGCUGUUGUUGACCAUCAGCGUCCCUUCCCUCGCUUCUCCAAUCCUUCCUCGAACUGCUCCCAGCUUCGUCUAUCCAGGCGAUGCUCCAUUCACUGUCUCUCCCUCUGCGCUAGCCGCAGCCUUCACCUGUCCCAAUGGCAAUCCGACCUCCUCCAAACCACCUGUCUUGCUUGUACACGGCACCGGUUCCACCGGCGAGGAAACUUGGGGACAAGGUUACGUUCCGGCUCUGUCUGCCAAUGGCUAUACCCCAUGCUACAUCACCAUCCCCGGCCGCUCAAUGGGCAACAUGCAAGUCUCCGCCGAAUACGUAGCCUACGCCAUCCACCAAAUCACCACCCUCUCCAACGGCGCCUCAACAGCCAUAAUCUCGCACUCCCAAGGCGGGCCCAACGUGCAAUGGGCCCUGCGCUUCUGGCCCAGCACCCGCCCCAUCACAACAGCCUUCAUCCCCCUGUCCCCCGACUUCUCCGGCAUCGAGCUCCUCGGCAGCGACCUGCACGACUUUUGCAUCGGCGAUUUGUGCCAGGCGGCUAUCUGGCAGCAGUCUGCUGGCAGCGCUUACUAUGCUGCCAUGCACGCCGACACGUUUGAGCAGCUCGUGCCGACGACCGCUAUUUGGACGCAGUCCGAUGGCGUCGUUAAUCCGCCUCAGCAAAAUGCUCAAUUGCCCAGCGCGACCACCAUGAGCGUCCAAGACUUGUGUCCACUACGCAUCGUCACUCAUUUACAGAUGCCGAUUGACGCCGCUGCGUACGCUUUAGCCAUGGACGCUCUGACGCACGGCGGGCAGGGGAGCGUCAGUCGUGCGCGCGCGAGCAACCCGUUCAGCUGUCUGCAGUUUACGGCGCCGCAUAUGGAUUUCUCCGUCUCGGUGUCGUUGCAGGAUACGUGGGAUGCGAUUGUCGAUGGCAUUAUACUCGGCUCCCCACGCGUCAGUCAGGAGCCGGCGGUGGAUGCGUAUGCCUUGCAUCCGACUUCUAGUGGGUGACGGCAACCUUCACGGUCCAGCAUAUUACCUCGGAUCAUAUGUACAUAAACGCAGCAAGUAUCUAAUCACGCAUUUCGCUUCAUCUUCCAACCCUUGAUUCAGCAUCCUAUCCUGGAUGCAGACAGACACUCCUCACCAGUGGUAGGUCAAGUGUAUUGAGAUCAUUGUCGUCGUUGCUGUUAUACCAGUACAUCCAUGCCAUCGCUACAACGAACAAUCAGCCGAGCUGCAAAGCGAAAUUCCACGCCCUUAAUCUCGGGCGGCACAACACCACAACGCACUCGCUAAAUCGCAUCAAUGCACCUCGCAUCCAGAGCAGCAACACCAUCACCUCCCCUCCUCA